ACUUUUGAGUUGUAUUUAAUAGUUAUAAUUAAUUUAAAACACAUAUUUGUAUAUUGUUGAAUAUUUUCGUGUGUAUAAAUAUUAUUAAGAGAAAUAUAAAUCAUAUAAUAUCCAUACCAACAGAAUACUAAUGAAUUCAUAACUUGUUGACUCCUUUGAAAAUCUUUAUCUUUAUUACAUAUUACAAUAGUUGGCAACGCUUACAUUUUGACAUUACUGCAGAUCGUCAACACGGAAUUUUUGUUAAUUUUAUAUUUUGUGCCGCCAUUCUUAUCCCAUUUGAAAUUUGUUUAAUAUCGAAAUUAUGAAAAAUAUUAAGAAAGCGAGUUGUAACAAUCAAAGUAUAAAACGAUUUUUGUCGCCACAGCCUUCAAACAUUCCUUGUAAACGGCAAUGUAAACAAAUGGAUAUGGAAAAUAAAUGCAAUACUAAAAAAGGCAGAGACAUCUGCAUCUUUUCAAGCAAUCCAGUUAAACAACCAGAUGAAAUAGAAAAGAGAAAAAAUAAUUUGCAACUUGCGGCCGGUAAAGAACAGGAUUUAAAUACUAACAAUAAUGCAGUAAAUAAGUUCGACUGGAACAGUUUUGUGCGAGAUCCUGGCGAAUUACAGGAGAGCCGAUAUCCAGUAACCCUUAACACUUUCAAAAGUAUGACCCAUUCUUUGAGUAUCGUCAAUUGCAUACUCGAGGAUAUCAAAAUUGCAACAAGUCUGGACUUUAUAAACGAUGAACUAAUGAAAGAGCGUGUUUUAAAAAACUUCUUUAUUCAAUUCUAUGAAAAUCCACAAAUUCGCAAUAUAUAUAAGCUGGAAACAAAACCAUGUCCAACAUUUUUAAAAAAGAAAAUAAUGCAGAUACCAACAUUGGAAAUUAUUGAAGUCAAAGAUAGUACUACUACUGCUGCUACAGUAGCAACUGCAAAUAUUGCGCCUGUUGAGGCCAUUAGCAAAUCACCAGAAUUGAGGGUACCUGUAGAACAAUCACUCAAAACCGCUCCAGAUCAAGUAAGCAAACCAGCAGAGCUAGAGCGUGUUGAAGCACAAUCAUCCAAGUCGCAAGAAAACGAAAUACCGACACAACAGAUCAAUGCCAAGUCUAACAUAGCACUAAUAUCGAAAAAUAUGUUGCUUAUGGAUGAGACAUUUUUACGCCGACAUGUGAGUCGCAACACUCAACAAAUUGAAAAACUCGAUAUUAUUUUAGAGCGUAUAUAUGCCGAAUUGCUGCCACGAAAACAAUCGGCGCAAACUAAAGAAGUAAAGCCAAAGCCAACAAUAGUGCACGAAAUAUCAGAUGAAGUUUGCAUCGACAUUAGCAAUAGUCCUGUAGAGGCAUCAGCUGUAAUAGCUGAGGGACAGCGUAUAGAGCAAGCUAAGCAAUUAUUUUUUACAGAGUACACAAAGAAAAAUACGUUAGCUUAUGCUUUGCGUUUUCAUAACGGCCUUAAGCGGCGUAUAAUAUCGGCAAUACUCGAAAUGUCAAUUGAUGAAUUCGAAAAAUAUACAAAAAUUCAUGAUGUGCCAGAAAUGUAUGAUGAUCCCAAAUUACUACACGAUUGUUACAAUUAUGCGAUCAAAGCACCUCAAAUUUGGCCUGUCAAUCUGUAUAUGCAGUUGUGUGAUAUAUUCGAAUACCUCCAAACAAAAGGUGUUAGUGUUGACAAUUUAGAAGAUAUUUCACCAAUGCUGCUGCAUUGGACUGAACUAGCUGUGAUAACGAAUUUUGAUGAAAUUGUGCAAUGGAAUUUUUACCGUUGUAAAGGUGAAAAAUUUCAACAAUUCACGGAAUUAGAAGUGUAUCGAAAAAAGUUUUAUGAGAAAUGUUGGAUGCACAACACUUGGUUGCGAGAAGUGCCGAAGCUGCAUGUUGAGGUGCAAAAAAAGUUUACAACGGGAAUGGAAGUUGUUGAAAAAGAUAAUGUAAGCGAAGUAGCAGCUCCUAAUGAGGUACCCACUCGUGUAAAUCCUGCAAAUACAACAGAGCACACAGAAACCGCUACAAAAGAUGAUUCUGCAAAUGCUAUGAAUGUAGAUUGCGCUGAGCAAAGUUGUGAAGCGCACACGAAUAAUACUAUAAGUGUGCCUACUAAUAUAGCAAAUGCUGCGCAUGCGCAAGCUGCUAGUGCUGGUCACUUAGCGGAGACUAAUGAAGCAAUAUUGUCAGAUAAUCCUAACGCAGCAAGUUCAGUUGAACAAGCAAUAACUUUAAAAGAAAACCAAAAUACUUUGCCGGAAGCAACUGUAAAUGUACAGACAACAACAACAACAGCAACAGCCGUGGUGGAAAUAAUUACGAACUCAAAUGAAAAGGCUGGGACAAAUAAUCUAGAAACAGAAGCACAACAACGCAUACAGGCAGCGCAGAAGUUGUACUUUUAUGAAGUAGAGAAAUCAUAUACUCUACCAUAUCUACUACGCCUACAUAACGGUUUGAAGCGACGCAUACUACACGCCAUUCUAAAUAUGACCUACACAGAAUUCAAAGAAUACACACACAUACACAAAGCAGCAGAAAUUUACGAAAAUAACGAGCUUUUACAGCAUUGCUACGACUUUGUGGUGCGAAAGCCGCAAGUAUGGCCCGUUAAUCUCUAUAUGCGUUUGGUGGAUCUUUAUAAAUUUCUGAAAAUCAAAGGCCUCACACUGACAGCAGCUGAUCUAACGCAUGUCUCACCGAAACUUUUACAUUGGCACGAUCUAAUUGAGACUACUAAUUACGAUUACCUACUAUUUUGGGACUAUUACCGACGUAGUGGUAAAAAGAUGCCUAAAAAUAAAACUCGUCUGAAUACAUAUCGUCAAAAGUUUUAUGAAAAAUGUUGGCUUUAUGACAGUUGGAUAUGGCAUACACCCAGAAUUUGCGAAAAUGUACUCACUGCUGACUUUGUGCCGUUUGCAGCAGCAGAAGAUAAAGAGAAUGCCAACUUUGAAAUAGCAGUUAUGACACAUGCACUGGAGGAGCGGGAUGAGGAAACGACAGAAACAGAAGAAGGAAACAAGACAACGAAAGAAGACGAAGAGAUAACUGACGCAACAAUUGAACCAUCGCCUGUGCAAGCGAUUGCGGUUGAAAAUGUAGUGCCGCACAAGAAUGCCACAGGAAGCGUUAGUACAGUUGAUGCGGAAAUACAAACAUCACAACAUUUACUACUCGCCGCAUGUGCCAACUCGUCAACAGUUACGCGUGAGACAGAAGUACCAGCAGAAAAUCCCAACCCACUUAUGAUGCUUUGCAAAGCUAUUAAAAAAGAGAAGCUCUCACCACUCGAUAAAUUGCAGUUCAAUCUAACGAAAGAUGAGGAGAAUUACGAAUGUGUGCCAGUACCGGAUGAUAUAGUCGAUCUAGAGGGUUCAAUAUCAGCAAACGAAUCACAGGAAGAGUUAUUGCUGCCACUUUCGAAUUCUGAAAGUUUGGGGACACAUGACAACAAUUUGUUGUUGUCACUUGAUUCUACAGAAGAUAAAGUUGCGGAGCUUACUGCCCAAUGCACAGAGAAUAUGGAACCUGAAAGCAUAAUGGAACAACAGCCAAGUCUCGAAUUGAAUAAUGAUCAAACGCAAUUGAUGCCCGAGUGCAUAGUGGAAAUGGAAGUUGAAGUUCAAACAACAACAACAACAACACAGCAACCACUAGUUUCUCCAGUAACAGAGAGUAACGAAACGCCUCUAGAGCAGCCACAAAUUGAAACGCAAACAAAAACGCAUUCAGCACCCAAAACAGACGAAAUAUGCCCGCUACAAGAACAACAGCAACAAGAAGCGCAUAUUGUUGUACAACGAGCGUUAACAGGCGAGCAAGUGCACGUUCCCGGAUUUAUUUCACGCGAAGUGAAGGAAGAGCUGCUGCAGGAAGUACAAGAAACAGCCCAUAAUUGCACUGAACAACACAAACAAAAACAACAAACGACGAAGCAACUAAAAAGUACAGGAACAGAAGUUGCCACAGCACUAACAAGAAUAAUUGAGGCACAUAAGUUGGCGCAGCAACAAAAGCAACAACAUUGUAGCAAAAAAAAUGCGCAGACGACAGUGGAAACCCAAGCAAAACAACAACAACAACAAACACUUGAAAAAUCCGCAGUGCUGGAAAAGCAACAACAUUCACAGCAACAACGACAUUCACAACGACUGCAAAAACAUUCACAAUCACAGCAACAACCAUUACAAAAACAGCAACAACAACAAACACUAGAAAAAUCCGCAGUGCUGGAAAAGCAACAACAUUCACAGCUACAACGACAUUCAGAACGACUACAAAAACAUUCACAAUCACAGCUACAACCAUUGCAAAAACAACAACAAUCUCAACACCCGACAACAGCAACUGAACAUCAGCAAAAACAAAAACAGCAGCAACAAGCUUUUUCUAUUAAAAUACCUUUAUCAAAAUCACAGCAACAACGUAAAAAGCAACAACAGCAAAUACCAGCUCUAAAACAGGCAAAGGAAAAGGAGCCAGCGGCAAUAGUGCAACAGACCGUACAACAAAAACAACAACAACAGCAACAACCACAAAAAACUGCGUCAAAAGCGCCACAAGCAAUACAACAGCAAGAAACUGUGACAAAAGUGCCGCAGAUAAUACAACAACAACACGAUGCCUCUACAACAAUCGCCGAAGGUAACAACACACAAAAAAAACUAAAAUCAACACCGUUGUCACAAAAACAACAACCAUCAAAUGAACAGCGUACAACUCGACAACAAACAUCGAUACAACAACAGCAAACACGGCUACAAGAACAACAAACACCGCUACAACAACAGAAAACACCGCUACAACAACAACAACAAACAUCGAUACAACAACAACAAACAUCGAUACAACAACAGCAAACACGGCUACAACAACAACAAACAUCGAUACAACAGCAACAAACACCGCUACAACAACAACAAGGAGCGCUACCAACCGUAGUUAUACCAAUGUCAAUGCUACAACAACAAAACGAAUUCGCAGUUGAAGACCAGGCGUCACAAACGCAACAACAACAAAUAAGAAAAUCGCUGAUAACUCAAAAAACCCAAAUUAUCGCAAAACCAAAGGUGCUACACACUGUAAAACAGUUAGAGCAAUUAGCCAAGCCGAGUCAAGCACUCCACACAAAAACUCAUGUACAGCAAGAAUUACAGGAACAAGAAUUGGAUAUUGAAAAGCAAAUGGAAGAGUUGCACCAAGAUCACCAAUUAGUGCCUCAGAAUGUUGCAAAAACAGUCGUUGCGCAAAUUCAAUCAGAGCUGCAACAGUCGCCACAACAACUAACUCAGACCGCGCUACCGUGCCUGUUAGUAAAACAACAACAACACGCAAUAAAUAACCAAAACCAAAAUGAACUAGCUGAAAAUCCACAAAUGAUUGAGUCAAUGAAACAAAAUCAGCCAAUACAACAACAAACAACAGUAGAAACUCUAAAUGCCAGCAAACCGUCAGAACUCGAGUUCCUGUCACAACAAUUGCAGCAACAAUUCAAUCAACCACAAUUAAUACUACAACGCACAAGCACUCAGAUACAAGAGCAGGUAAUACUGCGACCCACCGUCACACUCUCACAAGACUCACCAAUCAAUCUGCCUCCAUUUGUGCAAUUGGCCAGUAAACAAACAACCAACGCAACAAAAAAGAAAACUGUUGCAACGAAAACAAAGACAACAACACGCAAAGCCGCAAAGCUAAGCGAUUAUGUGCCACAACUCACGCACGUUUUCCAACCGCUACCUGUUGCUUUGAACACCAAGAAAGCACCUACACUUGAACCGACAACCACCGUCGACCUGCCACCGUCCAACACAAACGUUGCAACAACAAGUCACCAGCAAUUAACACCAGCCGUAGAAGAGCAAUUUAUUAACGCUAGCAAUACAAGCUUAUCACCACCAAAUGCAAAUGCCAUGCUAUUGACGUUGCCCGCAACCGUGAACGCGACCAGCACCAGGGCGUCCAAUGCGUCGUAUGUGUAUACGCUGAGUGGCGAUAGCAGCUUGUUCAAUAGUUCGGAACUCUUGAAGGCGCUGGAAAAUUAUCAACUACAACAUAGUCAACAACAACAACAACUGACGCAGUCAGGGCAAUCGUUGCAACAACAACAACUGACGCAGUCAGAGCAAUCGGUGCAACAACAAGUGCAGCAGGAGCAAGGAGUUGAAUUCAAUUACAAUCAGUUGCAGGUUACGCAGCAACAACAACCACAUUAUCAGGCAGCCAUUCAAAUGUCACAACCAUUGGCGAUUGUAGGGAGCGUCAAACAGCAACAGGAGCAAGAACAGCAACAAAACGAAGAGGAAAUACAACAAAAGUUGCAACAACACCUUCUACAACAACAACAGGAACAGUUACAACAACAACUUUUACUACAACAACAGCAACCACAAUCACAACACACAUUGUUGCUACAACAACAGCAGCAACAGGAACAGCAACAGCUGAUACUACAACAACUUUUACAACAACAACAAUUAAACCUGCAACAACAUAACCAAGCAGCCAUACAAAUACAACAACCUUUGUUGUUGUUGGAUCACGCGGAGCAGCAACAGCAGUUACAACAACAGCAAUCAUAUCAGCUAUUAUUACAACGACCACAACGACACCAUCCACCGCAACCAACAAUAUAUCAGUUAGUGGAUGUCAACCAGGCGCCGCACACCGCCGCCAUCCUCGCCGGUGAACAAGUUCAACAGUAUUUGCAGUUAUCACAAACACCUUAUUUCACGCAACUUGAAGUACAAGAAGAGUCUGCCACACAAGCGCAGCAAUCCACCACAGUCGAUACCGUUAACGUUACCGCACACUUACCGCGUACGAUCACAAACGAACUGUUGCAGGUAAAUGUUUGGUUCGAACACAAUUAUGCCAUGGCACCCCUACUAUCACCCGCACUACACUUAACAUCAUUGCCUUCACCGAAAGGUGUCUGUCGAAUGCGUUCCCGUCCGCUGCCUAAACCAUUCUUCUACCGACGCUUAGAGAAAAUAGACUACUUUCGCGAGUUGACGGCGCUCAAUAUUGCCGAAUAUCAGCUGCAGUGUACCAGUUUGGGCAAAUCAUAUUUGCAAGCGCAGAUUCGCACCACACACCUGCGUACGGUAGUGAGUGGCGAUAUAUUGGCGGCAUUGUUGCCUCGCUGUGCGCCAGAUUUACUGAAACAUUUGCAAUUGGUGCUGCAAUAUCUUGGCGAAUUUCACUUUAAUACCUGGGAACAGCGCCAACAACGAAAAGUAAUUUUGAAAUGCUCGCAACGCACGUUGCACACCCUGUGCGCGCAUAUACUGUUAUUAUUUUUCCAAUACUCAUCGCCUUUCCAAACUAAAUGUUUGGAUAUGGCAACAAGCUGGUGGCAAUUUGAGCAGCGUGACUGCUUGGGCGUUGAAACAGCGCGUGCGUCCACUGAGCGGACAGAUAAUAUGCUCGAGGAUUUGAGUUUGGCUAUUGAUCCGUGUAUACUAGCGGAGAUGGCGGCGCUUAAGCGCAAUUUAUGACAGUUACAAGGCAAUUUUAGGAUGUGUAGCGGCAUAAUAUUAAGCAUUAAUAUUAAGUUUAUUUUGUUGUAUAACGCUAAAGGUCACAUAGGUAUAUACAUACAUUGUAUGUAACAUGUUGCUUUAAUUAUAUAAAUCACACAUAUUUCACACUCAAUAGUCUGGUAGUCAGUAAUGUUAUUAUUACUUCAACAGUCAAAAACAGUUUUUCAAAACAUUUUUUAAACCAUUUAUUCAAGACAAUUUUUUUGGAAAAAAUUUCUGAACCCACUUUUUCAAAACGGUUUGUUUUCAAAACAGUGUUUUCAAAACAGUUUUUUCAAAACAGUGUUUUCAAAACAGUUUUUUCAAAACAGUGUUUUCAAAACAGUUUUUUCAAAACAGUUUUUUCAAAACAGUGUUUUCAAAACAGUUUUUUCAAAACAGUGU